AUGAAGGAAUAUCACGAAAAAAAUGGUGUUGUGGAUAUGAUCAUUAAAAAUGAUGAAGAAGAAAAGAAAGAGGCUAAGGAUAUAAAUAGCUUAUAUGAUAUAAUGAAAAACAUAAAUAAUAAUCAUAAUAAUAAUAAUAAUAAUAAUAAUAAUAUUUUUAAUUGUGAAGAUUAUGUUUUAAAAGAAUUAUAUCCCUUAAUAAAGAACGUUAUAGAUGAUAAUAAAAAUAUUUGUUCUUAUUAUAAUAAAGAAUUUAUUUUGAAAAGAUGGUGUUUCAAAUUUUUAUAUACAUUAAUAUAUAAAAUUAAGGAUAAUAAUUUGUUUGUUGAUAUAUUUAAUAUAUGUUCAAAAUUAAUAAUAAGAGAGAAUGAGAUGAAUUGUGUGAGUUGUAUUAAAAUAAUAAAUUUAAUUAUUGAAGAAAAUAAAAGUAAUUUGAAUAUAUUUGAUAUACAUACUUAUAUAAAUGUAAUAUGUCUAUCUAUAUUGAAUAAUUUUUAUAAAAAAAUUAUUUAUAAAGUGAAGAAAGGAAACUAUCUGAAAUCAUCAAUUAGUAUAUAUAAGAAAAGAACAAGAAAAAAACAAAAUAAAAAAAAUAUUAAUAAUAUAAAUAAUAUGAAUAAUAUGAAUAAUAUGAAUAAUAUAAAUAAUAAUAUAAUUAAUUUUGAAAAAGAAAAAUGUAACAGAUAUAUUUUAAAUAGUAACUAUUCUAUCAAUGUAAUUAAAGAAAUAAUUUCAUCUGUUCUUUUUAUAAUACGUAUAAAUCCGAAUCUUUUAAAUAAUGUUAGAAAAUACUUAAAUAUAUUAUGUAAAAUAUUAUCUAUAAUUAAUAUAUACGAUUUUAAACUUGAAGCCUCCUUUUUUAUUGAGACCAUUGUUGAAGCGAAUAAUUAUCAUUCACAUAAUAAAAAUAAUACAAGUCAAAAGAAUAAUAAAUCCAAUCUGCAUAUUAUUAAAAAUAUUUUUUAUUAUCAAUAUAUAAACAAGUGUGUUUCAUCAGAAAAUACAAAGGAUAGUAAGACUAGCCAUUUAAUGAUACCUUCAAAAAUAGACAACAAUAAAUGUUCUAAUUUUAUAUGUGAUAAUAAAAGGGGUGAAUCUCAUAAGAAUCAUAAGUUUCAUCUUGAUGGCUAUGAUAAUGCAUAUGUGUUAAGCAAAUUAGAAUGUUUUAAUAAUAAUGUGAAUGAUUGUAUUUGUUGGGAGUUAAAAGAUAUUAAUAGACAAGACCAUGAUAAGAAUGAUAAUAUGAAUGAUAAUAUGAAUGAUAAUAUGAAUGAUAAUAUGAAUGACAAUAUGAAUGACCAUAUUUAUGAUCAUCAAAAUAAUUCAAACGAUUUAAAUAAUAAUUCAUAUAGUAACAAAAUAUUUUAUAAUAAUAAUUUUUUAAAUUAUGAGAAAUAUAAAUCAUAUGAUCUUAAAAAUAUUAUAAAUAUAAUAUGUUGUGAAAAAAAAAAAUUUUGUAAACACAUUAAUUAUGAUAUGUAUGACAUUGAUAUAAAGAAACAUAUGGAUUUAUUAAAUUUACAGAAUAGUCUUAUUUAUAUGAUUUGUUUUUUAUUAAUUGAAGAUAAAAAAAAAAAUGAAUAUUGUCAUUAUAAAGAGUUUUUAAUAAAAAAAGUUAUUAAUCUUUUAAUAAAUAAUAAGCAUGAUAAUAUUGAUAAGAAAAAAGAAUUUAUUGAGAAUAUCCGUUUAUUUUUACAUAACAUUUUUGAUGAGCAAAUGAAAUAUUAUAUUUCAUUUUUUUUAAAUCCGUUUAUAUAUAAUAAAAGGAACUAUAUAUAUAUAAAUAAACAAAGUUUAUUAAAUAUAGAUAUAUUUUCUUUAAUUCAUGAUAUGAUAUUAUAUUAUAAAAAUAAAAAUGUUUGGAAUUAUCAUACAAUUAAUGUAUGCAUAAGUAAUUUUGUAGAUGUAUUUAUGAAUAAAAAAACUAAUAUAUAUAUUCAAAAUAUUUGUAUAAAUAUGUUUGUAUAUAUAAUUAAUAUAUUAUUUAUGAUAAAGAAGAGGAGUGGAAACUUCUUCUCCUUAUAUUUUUAUAUAUUCAAUAUUUUGAUGAAUAAGUGUGAGUCUUUAAAAGAAGAAAUUUAUAAUAACAUAUAUAAACGCAUAAAAGGGUUAAAAAGAAUAAGAAAUAUGAACAAAAAUAAGAAGAAGAAGAAAAAAAAUAAAAAUAAAAAUAAAAAAAAAAAUAAAAAUAAAAAUAAAAAUACAUAUUAUUAUAAUAAUCAUAGAAAAAGCAUAAUGUUUAAUAAUUAUUAUAGUGAUAAUACUUAUGAUACUAAUCGAUAUAUAAAACAGAAUAAAAUAAAAAAAAUACAUAAAAAUGAGCAUACUAUUUUUAGUAAUAAUAUGAAGUAUUUAUGUCUAACACAUGAGGAAAAUUUUGGUUAUUCAAAAGAUAUUUUAAAUUUAAAAAAAAAUCAUAAAAAGUAUAUAAACAAUAAUAAUAUUUUAUAUAUUGUUAAAAAGAGAAAUUAUAAAAAAAUAUAUCAUAAAAUUAAUAGGUAUUAUAUGUAUAAUAUCUAUCAUAUGUUAAUAGAAUAUAAAUAUAUUUUAUAUGCUCUUCAGGUGUGCAUUAAAUAUAAUAUAUUUUAUAUUUAUAUAUAUUUUAAUCAAGAUAUUAUAAAGAAUAAUACCUCGAAUGAUUCAUUACAAGAAGGAGAUGAUAUAAAAAAUUAUGUUUCAAGAAAUGAUAAUACGACUAAAAAGCAAAGAAAUGAUGAAAAUAAAAAUGAUCCUUUUAAUAAUACAAAUUAUAAAUUUAAUGUUAAAAAGAUGUUGAAGAGAACUAAAAAGAAUUCUAAAGAGUCUCAUAAUACAUGUAAUAUUACAAGAGUAAAGAAUAAAAAUAAUAAUAUACAUAAAACAAUUAAGAAGGCAAGAAAUAGUAAGGAAAAUAAUAUAAAUACAAAUCUUCAAUUAAUUAAUAAAAAUAUAAAUAAAAAUAAUAAAACUAAUACAAUUGAUACGCUAAAUAGUUCAAGUGUAGGUCUGAAUUCUUAUUUUCAAAAUUAUGAAAUCAAAAAUAAUAAUUCACAAGGUAAUGAACAAAUAGAUGUAGCAUUAAACAAAUCUGAAAAUCCAUUUUAUAUUUCUAAUAAUAUAUCUAUUGAUGGCUAUAACUCUUUAUAUCAAAAAGAAAAAUUAAAUAUACAAAAAGAGAGUAUCAAAAAAUUGGAUAAUCUACAUAUUGAUAAGGAAGAAUAUGUUUUUAAUAAUAAUAAGAAUGAAACAAAUAAUAUAAAUAAAAAUGUAUGUUAUAAAAAAGAUUUUAAGGAUCAAAAGGAAGAUAUAUAUAAACCAUAUAACUUUUUUAAUAAUAGUAAUAAUUUUUUUAUUAAUAAUAAUUUUGUUAUAAACGAUUUAAAUUAUUAUGUAAAUUAUUAUAAUCAGAAAAACGAUGAAAAAUUAAAUAAUAUUAUAAAUUCUAAUAAUCUAAAUAAUACACACUCUUCAAACAUAUUACCUUUCUUCCUUCAUUGUGAUAAUAUUGAUCCUUUUGAUGAUAAAGACAAAAUUUUUGAUACAAAAAAAAAGAAAAUAAAUAAUGAUAUAAAUAUAUAUAAUCAUGACAAAAGAGAUGAAAAUAAAAUAAUGAAAGGAAUUAUAUCUGAUGUAAGUAAUUGUAAUAAUAUGAAUGUAAAUAAUUCUGAAGAUAUAUCUAUUAAUCCUAAUGAAAAUAAUAUUAAUAAAAAAUUUUUAAAUGAUAUGAAUAGUAAUAUUUCAAUGAUGCAUAAAUUAUAUGGUGAAUUAGAUCUACAUAAUGAUAAUAAAAAUAUUGAAGAAGAAAAAAAAUGUAUUAAUGAUGAUGAAUAUUUUGAAGAUAUGUAUAAUAUAAAAGAUAUCAAUAUAAAUAUUUCAAAGAAAUUAUUUCUCUUUUCUUAUGAUUUGAAAGAUAUAUGGAUAAAGAAAAUAUACAAAAUGUUUUAUAAUAUGAUUAUUUGUUUAAUAUUAUAUCAUCAGUCUUUUUGUUAUAUAACAAUGAAUAUUUUUAGAAAGAAAUAUUUUCAAGAUGGAAAGAAUGUUUGUUGUUCUAAUGUAAAUAUAUCUUAUGGGACCAAUAAAAAUAAUAAUAAUAAUAAUAAAAAUAAUGAUGAUAAUAAUGAUAAUAAUAAUGAUAAUAAUGAUAAUAAUAAUAAUUAUAAUAUUUUUUAUGUGAAUCGUAAUAAAAAUAUUAAUAUGCAUAAUAAACAUAGUAUACCAUUUAUUGAACCGAAUGAUGACAACUUAAAAAUUAAAAAACAAAAGAUCAAGACACAAAUGAAAAGCAAAUUAUAUGAAUACUUUCAUCAUAUUAAAGAAGAAGAAAAAUUUUUAUUUUAUAUGUGUGGAGAUAUAAUUAUAUAUCUAAGUCGAAAUAAUUUUUACGAUUUUAUAAAUUAUUCUAUUGAUGUUUUAUACAAAUUAUUAUUCCAGUAUCCUCCAAUUUUUUAUAUCUUUCAUUUGCUAGUAUCUUUAAAACAUACCAGUGUUAUAUUUUCAAAGGUAUGUUUAAAUUAUAUAAUAAAAAAAUUUAAAAAUUAUUUACAUAUAAAAAAUAAAUUGAAUCCACUACUUUAUUAUAAUGAUCAUGUUAGAAUAAAAAUGGAAGAACAUAUAUAUAAAAAUAUUUUUAAAUAUAAAUAUAUGUCUCCAUAUGAGUGCUUAUUAAAUACAAGUACUUUUUCUGAGGAUACAACAUGUAAUAUAAUUGAUUCAAAUAAUAACAUAAAAGAUUAUGAUAAUAUAUUUUGUGCGAAAAAAAAACAAUAUUAUGAUGAUACAUAUGAACUUGAUGAUGUAAAUGUCUUACCACAUUAUAAUGAGAAAAAAAUAAUGUUAACAUAUAAUAAUAUUAAACAUUUUUAUUAUAAUAAUAAAAAGACAUAUAAAAAAAUUAAUAGCAAUAAAAGAAUUUUAUUAGCAUUCUCAAAAUAUGCACACAUAUCAAAACAUUAUUUUUAUAAAAAGAAAUUGAAACAAUGUAAUAUAAAUAUGAAACAUAGAGACAAAUAUAUGAAAAUUAAUAAGUUCAAAAAAAAAUAUGAACACCCACUUUUUUGUGGUAACUAUUUUGAUUUUUCUAUUUUUGAAGAAUAUAUUAUUAAAAAAGAAAUUAAACGAGAAAACGGAGAAGAACUUAUAUAUCCAUAUAAUGAAUUACAUAAUCUUUAUUUUGAUAGAUCAUUUAAUGAGGACAACUUGAAAGAACUAAAAAUUAAAGAUAAUGAAUAUUUACAUAAAAAUGAUAAAUGGAUGGAUAACAUGAUGAUUAAUUUAAAAGAAAUUAAAAAAAAAAGAAAUAAAAAUUUUUUCUUUCAUGAUUUAUCAAAGCGUGAUUUUUUGAAAUCCAAAAAUUUUGUCUUAAAGAAAAAAAAAAAUAUUCACAUUAAUGAUUUAUUUAAUGAUCAAGUAUGUAGUUUAAAUGUAGGUAAUAAUAAAAAAAUAAUAAAUGAUAAUAAAUUAUCAUACAUAAAAUUGAAGAAAUAUAAAUUAACUCAUUUUUGGUCAGAUGAUGAAUAUAUAAGAAAUAGAAAUAAUAAUUUAGAUAAUUACUAUAAUAAGAAAAAUAAAUAUAUGUAUCACACAUUUUUUAUGAAUUAUAAUGAUGUUCAUGAAAAUAUGCUUUCAUAUAAGUCGAAUUUAUUUUAUAAUACUUAUAAUAUAUAUUGGUCAUAUAACCAAUUAAAUAUUAGAAUGAUUUAUUUUUUUUUAAAUUACAUAAAAUUUUAUCAAUAUGAAAAUAUUAAUGUUUUGAAAGAGCUAGAUAUUAUAGGUAAAAUAUGUUUAGAUUUGAUAUUAAAGGAUUAUAAGUGUAUCGAAUUAAUUAAUUUAUUAAAACAUCUAUUUGAAACUAUAUGUUAUAUAAAUGUUUCUAUGGAUUCAAUGAAAAAGGAAAAAGAGAUAAAAGAAGGUGAAAAUCACAGAAUGAAACAAAAAAAUAUAUAUGGUGAAUAUUAUAAUAUAAAUAAUACAGAAUAUAAGAAUAAAAAUUCUGAACCUUCUGUAUUAGUAGAAAAUUAUUUGAAAAAUUCAAAUGAUAAGAAGAUCCAAGAUAUAAAUAAUACUAUUAAACAUAUCAACAGUGAUGAUAUAUCAAAUUUGAAUGAUAAUAAUAUUAAUUGUGAUAAUUAUAAUAGUUUAUAUUAUAGCAAUAAAAAUGUAUACAGCAAUAUAAGCAAUUCGUUCAAUAUUUAUGGUAUUAAUGAAAAUUUUGAACAAGAAAAAUGUACUAUUAAAAAUGACAAUUCUUUUGAUACGAAUAAAGAAAGUUAUAACCCUAAUAUGUCUAAUGAAAAAGAUAUUUAUUCUUAUAGUAGUAAUAAUAAUGAUGAUAAAAAUAUAUUAUAUAUCAAAAAAAACCAUAUAAUAUAUUAUUUCUUAAAAUGGUUUGAAAAUAUUCAUUUUGAAUUACCCAAAAAAGUGAGAACAUUAUUGUGUGAAUUAUGUUUGCAGUUGCCAAUAAAUUAUUUUUUAAAAGAUCAUUUUAAUAUAUAUGUAAAAUCUUUAUUAGUUUGUUUAAAGUCCAAAAACCUGUACAUUAUAAGUGUUGCAUUAAAAUGUAUCGAAAAAAUUAUGUGUGAUACAAAUAAUAAUAGUUUAAAGGGUAUUAUUUGUUCCUCCAUAUUUUUUGAUAAUAAAAAUAAAAAGAAAUCCUACAUUUUUACAAAAUUAUUGAAUUUGUUGAGAAAAAAUGAGAAAUACUAUACAUCACAUGAAUAUGAUUUUAAUAAAAUAUAUUAUGAAAAAAAAAAUAAUUUAAUACAAUACUUUUAUCAUGAUAAUAUAAUAUUUGAAAAGGAAAUGAAUUUAUUUCCAUAUAAUUUUAUACAUCCAUAUUAUGAAAUUAUUUUGCCUGAACAAGCAAGGAAAAAAAAAAAUAUUUUACAAAUAAAUUCUGAACAUGUUAAUAAUUUUUAUAAAAUUUUAAGAAUAUGUGAAAAUUUUAUUGGACAGCAUGGAACUUUGAAUAAUAAUUUUAAGGAAAUGGAUUAUAAGAAUUUUGGAGGAUCUUUUAUAAGGGUAGGCUUUUUAUUAAAAAAGCAAACAAUUAUAAAUAAAAGUAAUAAUGAAAUUGAAGAUAGAAAGAGAAAAAAUAUCACUGAUAAUUAUAAUCAAUAUGAUGAGAAUACAAUAAUAGUGGAUGCAGAGGAAAAAAAAAAAACAUGUGCUAAUGAAUACAUAAAAGAUAAUAAUAAUAAUAAUAAUAAUAAUAAUAAUUAUAAUUAUAAUUAUAAUUAUAAUAAUUUAAAUAUAAAUGGUUUGAAUAAUAACAAUAUUACUAAUAACAAUUUAUAUGAAUUUUAUAGUACAUCUAGAGAUGAUAAACCUACCCUUAAUGAUAAUCAUUUUGAAUAUUCUAUACAACACAUGAACUUAGAAGAGACACUAAAUUAUUGUUAUAAGAUAUUAAAACGUUUUAUGAAGAAUAAUAAAAGUAAAUAUUUAUAUUAUAAUGACGAUUAUAAAAUGAAUAUAUUAAGAAAUAAUGGAGCUAGUUGUUUGAUGAAUAAAAUGGUACAUGAAAAGAUAUAUAGUCAAAUUAAAAUAAAAAAGGCUUUACGAAAUAAGAAGAAUGUACCAUGUAUUUUUAAUUUUAAUAAUUGUAAUGUUUUAAAAAAGAGAAAAUUUAAUAAUGAUGAGAUUAAUAAUACGAGACAAAAUAAAAAAUUAAAAGAUAGCACAAUGAAUAAUAAUGAUAAUAUUAAUAUUAAUUAUGAUAUGUAUGAUGAAGGUGCAGUUCAUAUAGAACAUGAAAAUAUUAUGGGGGAACAAAAUUUUUGCGAAAAAGAAAGAAAAAGUAAUGAUCAACAUAGUCAUAAUAAUAAUAAUAAUAAUAAUAAUAAUAAUAAUAAUAAUAAGGCUUAUUAUAAGAAUAAUAAAAAUAUAUAUAAUAUAGACAAUUCAAAUAAUUAUUAUCAAAGUAAUAAAAUGUUUAAUAAAAAUAAUAAACAUAAAUAUUUCCAUGCAAGUGAUGUUUGCUUGGAUUGUAUUAAAACAGAACAAAGAAUCCAUUGUUAUAGAAUCGUUAUUUCUAUAUUUAUUUUUAUUUUAAAUCAUUCAAAAUGCAUAUCAGAAUAUUAUAAAUAUAUGAUGAAUGUGGGUUUAAGGAAUGAUGAUUUUAUAAAAAAUCAAGGUGCUACUAGUAAAAAAAAACAAGAAAAGAAAAAACAUUCUGUACAUGUUGAUAUGAAUAAAAUGGAUGAAAGGGACUUUUAUGAGAAGGAUCAUAAUAAUUUGAUUGAAAGUAAAAAGAAUAAAUUAUUCAUUGAAGAAGAUUAUCAAGAUGAUAAUGGUAAUAAUUCAAAAGAUGGAGAAAGCAAUAUAGGCUUAAAUAAUAAAAUGGGAGAUAUUAUAAUAUUCAGAAAUAAAGAAAGGAGGAAUAAUAAAUAUAUAUAUUCCUUUCAAUCAUGUUCAUGUGAAAAAUAUAUAUAUAAAUAUAACUGUCUAUGUAAUAACAAUGAAAUGGAUAAUAUAAAAAAAUUGAUGUAUUGCUUUCUAAUUAUGGUGAUAGAAAUUAAUUAUAUAUUAAAUAAGGAGAACAAAGGAUGUAAAAAUGGUAUAAUGAGAAAUAAAGAUAGAGUAAAUACAUUAAAUAAUAUAAGACAUGAUAAUAACAAAUUAUUUGAUGAAAAAUCAAAAAAUGUAAAUUCUCAUUAUAGUAUAUGUAAUGAUACAAAUUGGGCAUAUAAAUUAAAAUAUUUAGUAAAAAAUAUUAUUAGAAGAAUAUCUUUGAUAUUAGGAAAUCGUUAUAUACUAAUAAAAGAUGUAAAUUUAAUAUAUAUAAAAAAUCAUAACAAUGAAAUAGAUGUAUCGCAAUUUAUUUUAUGCAUGUGUAAUAUAAUUGAAUACGAUCCAAUGUGUAUACAAAUGAGUGUGGAGGGUUUAAAUAUAAUUGAAAAAGUUAUAAAAAGUGUAUUAAAAGUGCAAGCUGUAAAUAUUAAAAAUUGUUUGAGAUCUGGAUUUUUUUGUGAUAUAUGUGAAUGUAUAUUAAAUAUAUGUCGAAAUAAUAAAAUGAAGAAGAAGAUUUUUGGCUUAUUAUUAUUUAUAAGAGUAUUAAGAAUUAUUCCACCAUAUUGGAUAGAAUAUAAUAUAUAUGAGAUGAUAGAUACUUUAUUAAAUUGUUAUGAGAAGAGUAAUAUAUUAAUAUAUGAUAAAAUAAUUCCACGUCUUAUUGAAGAAUGUUUUUGUUUAUUAUUAUCAUCUUUAUUUAUUGGAUAUGUUGGAGAUAUGAAUAUAUAUAUUUUAAAAAGCAUGAUGCAAAACUAUGACAAUAUAUAUUCGAUGGAUGAAGAGGAACAUAUAGAUGUUACUAAGGAUAAAAAUAUUUGUAAUAUUGAGAAUAAAAAUUCUUAUGAUAAAUAUAAUAUAUGUGUAAAAAAAAUGGAAGAGCAUAAAUUAUUAAUGUAUGUAAAAAAUAAAAUAAUUAGAAAUAUAAAAGAUCAAAGUGAUUUAUUAAAUAUGCAUGUGCAAAAAAGAGAGUUAAAUAAAAAUAAUAAUAUGUAUGAGAUGUGUGGCUACAAAAAGAUUUAUUUAAAGGGUUCAAAUUUUUGGUAUAAAAAUGAUGAAAUAUAUACAUGGAAUAUUUUAACUGGUAAAGAAAAAAAUAGAAGAAAUAAAAAAGAGAUAUUAAAAAUGAAUAGGUUGUUAUAUAAUAUAUUAAAUAUGUGUAUUAAGAGUUUAUAUAAAGACAACAACAAUAAUAAUAAUAUUAAUAUGAAUGGUGAUAAUAUUAAUUAUUUUAAUAGAGUAUUUAUAAAAAAGUGCUUUUUUAUAAUAUCCAAAAUAUUAGGAACUAAUAUUAAUGAUUUAAUUUUAAUGAAUAAUGAUAUAUAUGGAAUGAAAAAUAAAUUAUCCUUAGAAACAUUAUUAUUUAAAUAUUUUUGUAUAUCUAAUUUUAUAAAAUGUUCUUUAAAAUUAAAAAUAUCUUAUUUAGAUUAUUUAUGUUUUUUUUUAAAUGAAAAGCCAAGUAUUAAAUUUGAUGAGAAUAUUAUUAGUAACAUAAUAGUUAUUGUUCUUAAUAUUAUUGAGCAUAUUGAAAAGAAGGAUCAGAAAAAAUAUAAAUAUACUUAUAAUAUUUCAAUGAAUAAUAAUAAAAGUAUAAAUAAUAAUAUGAAUUCAUAUAUACAAUGUGAAAAGACAAAUAAUUAUGCUUAUAAUAGUAUAUAUAUAGAUUUAAUAUAUGAUAAAGAAGAAAAUGUAGAUUAUACUUAUAUGAAGAAAAACAAAAAAAAUAUAUAUCAUUAUAAUAUUAAUGAAAAAAAUGAUAAAUCACGUUUUUAUAAUAAGGAUGAUAACGAUUAUAUAAAAAAUGAGGACCUAUUUGUAGGUUCUCGCGUUCCUGUUCAAGAUAAUAAUAAUAAUAAUAGUAAUAAUAAUAAUGUAUUAUCAGAUAAGAUCAGAAAAUAUAAUUAUAAUAAUGGAGAUGAAAAAAAUAUUGCAUGCAAGGAUAUAAUUUCAUCUUUUAAAAAUAAGGAUGAGCAAAAUGUUGUUGCUAUGGAUUUUAAAAAUGAUGAAAAAGAAAAGAAGGAUGAUAGAAAUGGUGUGAAUAAUUUUAAAGAUGAUAAAAAAACAAAUAAGUUGUCUAAUUCGUAUUAUUCGAUAUAUUUUGAUAAUAAGCUGUUGGAUAGUACGAGGAAUAUUAAUUGUGAAGAGAUAAUAAAUAAAAAUAAAAGUAAGGAUAUGUCACAAAUGAAAAUAACAGAUAUGUUUUCAAACCAUAAGAAUAAAACUGACGACAAUAAUGAAAAGAUGUCGAUGAAUAUGCUUGCUCAAAGUUAUCCUGUAAUUAAUAAGAGGAAAUAUAAAAGUAGUACUUCAUUAAAUAAUAAGCGUGGAAGGAAGGCAAAAAAUAAAAAUAAUAAUAAUAAUAGUGAUAAUAAUGAUGAUAAUAAUAAUAAUGAUGAUAAUAAUAAUAAUGAUGAUGUUGUAGAGAAAGACAUAAAAAGAAGGAGAGGAAAUAUUACGACAAAUGAUAAAGAUAGAAAUAUUAUUAAUGAGGAUAAAGAUAAUUAUUCUAAGAAUGAUUACAAUACAAGAAAAUUAAAUAUUUCUAGAGCGUCAACAGAAGGAGGAUAUAAAAAAAAAUCUUUCUUUAGAAAUGCAAUAAAUAAAAUUACUAAUUAUUUUCAUUAUAAUUUAAAAGACAAAUUAAAUAUUAAAAAUGACGAUGAUGUAAAUGUAAAUGUAAAUGAAAAUAUAAAUGAAAAUAUAAAUGUAGGGAUAGAAAAUAAUUCGGACCUAUCCUUAUUAAAUAAUAAUAACCCUAAUAAUGAUAAAAAUGUUUCUUAUAAAAAUUAUGGUAUUAAUAAAAAGGUUGGAAUUGAUAUAUCUGAUAAUAAAAUUAAUAAUGUAGAUAAUGUAAAUGAUCAGAAUGAUAAUAAAAAGAAAUACAAUAACAAAUAUAUGAAUGAAAUGAAAGGUUUAAAUAAUCAUAAUAAUUUUAAGGAAAGCCAGAAAAAAAUAGAAAAUAAUUAUGAUGACAGAAUGAAAGAUAAUGUGAACGAAGAAAGUUACAAUGAUGAUUAUCAAGAUGAUAAUUGUAAAAAAAAAAAGUUUAAUGAUGAUGUAGAUGAAGAAGAGAAUGAAUUAAUAGUGGAGAAAGAAAAAAAUGAUGAUGAAGAAGAAGAACAUAUUGUUAUUGAAUUUUUUUUAUAUUUUAUGAACUUGAUAAAAAUAUCUUUUCAACAUCCAUUAUAUAGAGAUCAUUUAUUAUCAAUAAAUAUAAAAAUAAAUAAAAAGAGUGUAUCAUUAUAUUAUAGAUGUAUUGAAGUGUUAUUGAAUUUUUUAUUUAGCACAGAUAGUGGGUUAUGUAGUAAAGCUGAAGAAACGUUGAAUAAUAUAAUACAUAUACAUGAAAAGGAUAAAGAAAUAAUAAUAAAGCCUCAAGAGAGUAUGAAAAUAUUAAAACGUUAUGAUGAUAAUAUUUAUAGAUUAAUCAAACGAGGUAAUAGAAAUAAUAAAAAGGAUGACUUGAGAAAAAGCGUUCCAACAUAUAAUGUUACAGGUAAGGAAUAUGACAUGUGUGAUAAGAUAGACAUGUGUGAUAAGAUAGACAUGUGUGAUAAGAAUGACAUGUGUGAUAAGAAUGACAUAUAUAAUAAGAAUGACAUAUUUAAUAAGAAUGACAGAUAUGAUUUGUAUGACAAAUAUGAUUUGUGUGGUAUCACCAAUAAUAAUAAUAAUAAUAACAGUAUAUAUAAAACAAACAUAAGUCAUAAAUUUAUUAUUAAAAAGAAAAAUAAUAUAUCCAUAGAUAAAGGAAUUAUAAAAAAUUCUCAUAAAAAUUUUAAUAAUAAAAGUAUUAAUAUAUAUAAAAACAAUAUGAAUACUACAAAAUUAAAUAAGAAGGAUUUAAAAAUAUAUUUAAAAGGAUUGUUAUGUAAUUUAUCUUAUGUUUUAAAAAAUAAAUCACAUAUAUUAAAAAGUAAUUAUAUUAUUGGACUAAGUAAAAUAUAUUGCUUAUUUCCAGAUUUGUUUUCUUCUUUUUUAAUUGAAGGGUUUAUAAAAUAUAUAAAAUUAUUUUAUGAGCGUAUUGAUGAUAAUCCGAUGUGUUAUAAAAAUAUGGAGCACAUCAUAAUUAUAUUUAAUACAUUUUUUGUCAUUCCUAAAUUAUCAUAUGAUCAAUUUAAAGAAAUCAUUCAUUUGUUAUUAAGUCUAUAUGAAAAAGACAAGAAAGGGUAUUUCAAUAACAGAAUUUGUGGCAUAAACAAUUAUAAUCAUUUUUUAAAUAAUAUAUGGAGUGAAGAAAAGAAGAUAAAAGAGAAAGAUAAUAUUAUUAUAAAAGAUAUAACACUUGCAAAUAUGACAGCGUUAGAGAAUUCUUUUCUUGAAAAAGGUUGUAAGUCAAAUACAAAACAGUCUUUAAUUACAAGUUAUUUUGAUAUUGAUAGAAAGGUUAGUAUGAAUAUAAAAGAUGAAGAAAUGAAUAAGAAGAAUAAUAUAAAUAUUAAUAAGAAAGAGAAAAAUAUUUUAGAUACUGUUGAUAUGUGUUAUAAUAAUGAAAAGGAUAUAUAUGAGAAUAAUAUAAAUGGUUUGAUAAGAAGAAGAAAAGAAGAAAAAGAUAUUCUUGAGUAUUAUAUAUGUCCUAAUAAUAAUAGUUUAUGUUUAAAUAAUUUAUAUAUAUAUAGUUUAAAUUUAUUAUGUUGUAAAAAUUAUGAGCAUUGUUAUAAAUAUUUUCUAUAUCAUCGUAAUAAUGAAAAUAUCUUUUCUUUAUUUAUAUCAUUAUUAAAUAAUAAGAAAAUGAUAGAUCUAAGAAAAUAUGUCUGUAAAAAGUCGCAUUCAUUGAUAAAUAUUCUAUUAAGAUAUAUAUCAGAAAUGGCUAGUAAUAAUAUAUAUUUUUUUUAUAAUAUAUUUAGUAUAUAUAUAAUUAGUGUGCAUGAUGAGGAUAUGCGAGAUAUAAUAGGUUAUGACUACAAUAAGUUUAAAGAUUAUAUAAAUAAAAAGUUUAAUGAUAAUAGGAAUAAUGAAAAUAAUGUGUAUAAUUUGUGUGGAGGGUUAUAUUUACCUAUGAAUGAAAAUAUGGAGGUGAAUACAACAAACAAAACAAAUGAUAAUAAAAAGAAAAAGGAAGAUAAUAUAAAUAUAAAUGUAAAUGAAAAUAUAAAUGUAAAUGAAAAUAUAAAUGUAAAUGAAAAUAUAAAUGAAAAUAUAAAUGUAAAUAUAAAUAAUAAUUUACAUAAUAAUUAUAAAAAAGAUAUUUCUUAUAAUAAUGUUGUUGUUUCCCCUAUUAGUAAGAUCCCCUUUUUAAAUAAUCUAAGUAAUGUAAUAAAUAUCUUACAUACGUUAAUAAAAUACAAUUCUUCAUUUAUUUUUUUAAAUUUUUAUGAAGAAAGAAUUAAAAAAAAUAAAAUAUGUCUCAUUGAAAUUUUGUAUAUAUGUAUUUGUUUUAUGAUAACUGAAUAUAUCAACCUGAAAAAUAAAAACUUUUUAUAUUUUGUGAAUGACCAGAUGUGUAAAAGGUGUGUUAAGAUAUUUAUAAUAUUUUUUCAUUAUUCAAAAGAUUUAAUUCUACAUCUAAGAAGCAAAAUUGUAAAUGGCAAUGAUAAUAUAAAUAUUACUAAUGGGGACAUAAAAAAUAUGAAUACGUUUCCUUUUAAUAUUAAAAAUGAGAAAGAAUCUAUUUUUGAAGAUAAUAAGAAUAAUGAUGAAAAUAUAAAAAAUAAAAUGAUAUUUGAUAAUAUGGAAUAUAAUAAAAAUUUGUUUUAUUUUAGAACGAAUAUAUUUAUUAUAUUUAAUUUUAUAUUAUGUGUAGAAAAAAAAAGUAUUAGUUAUUCUUAUUUAGAACGAUUUUUUAAAAAGCAUGCUAUAAAAAGUUUGUUAUAUCGAGAAAAGAGAUAUAUAUUUUUUAAAUUAAUAGAAAUAUUACGUAUUUUUAAUUUGUCUGCAUUUGAUAGAUUUUAUGAAACAUCUCUAUCAUUUUUAAUUAUACCUUUAUUGAAGGAAUAUGUUGAAUCAAGCGCUGGUUCACACUAUAUGAAUCUGAGAAAAAAAAAAAUAAGUGAUAAAAUACGUGAUAAGAUGAGUGGAUUGAAUAAUAAACAUUUUGAUGAAACAAAUUUUUGUGAUGAUAUAAAUAAGAUGAAUAAUAGUAAUGUUUUCAUGUUUUUGAGCACUAAAUUAUUUUCUCAUGCAACAAUAAAUUGUAGUGUAAGCAUAAAUAUGGAGAGACGUAUGAGUUGUAGGAGUGACAUGUCCAGUACUACAAAUGAAUAUAAUAAUAUAGGAGGUAGCAUUUUAAAUGGUAUAAAAGAUAAAUCAAAUAAUAAUAAUAAUAUUAUUAAUAAUAAUAAUAAUAUUAUUAAUAAUAAUAACAAUGUUGUAAGAAUAUAUCAAACUAAUGAUUCUUUUAAUUAUAAAGAUAUGAACUACAGACGAAGUUUUAAUAACGAUAAGAAGAGUAUAUAUACAAAUAAUUAUAAUAAUAAAAUAUAUGGACCUAUAAGAAAUUUAUUAAAUUGUAGUUUCAUACACAAUAUAAAUGAUAUUAGUAGUGGUUUUAAUAAUAAUAUAAAGAGUUCUUAUUGUUUAUUUUAUUUAUAUUAUUAUAAAGACAAGAAUCAUUUUAAGACAUAUCCGAUGUAUAAUAAUAAAUAUAAUAGUUUAUUUUUAUAUAUAGAAGAAAUAAUGUAUGUCUUAAAAUCUAUAUUGAAUUAUAAACCUAACUAUAAUGAUAUAGUUGUAAGGAAAAAAUUAAUUAUUUGUAAUAUAUUUAUUGAUAUAAUAAAAAAGGUUAAAAGUGAAAGGUAUAGACAUUUGAUAUUUAAAUAUAUUGAAAGAGAGAAUAAUAAAUAUAUAUUAUAUCGUGUAGGAGAUAUUAAAAAAUUAUGUAUAAAGAAUAUAAUAAAUAUAUAUAAAUAUAAUAGUAAUAUUUUACUAAGUAUAUUAUAUAAUAUAUUAAUAGAUUCAGACGAUAAGGAAUAUAUAAAACUAGCAAGUUACAACAUGAAAGAAAUAUUCAAAAUGAUUAUAAAAAAAAAAAAAAAUAAUAAUAAUAAUAAUAUGUUGAGAAAAAAAUAUAUGUGCAUAAAUUUUAUAAGAAAAUAUUAUAUGAGUUAUAUAUAUCAUGAUAAUUAUAUAUUAAAAGAUACAAUAUAUAACACAAAUAAUUAUAAUAAUAAUAAUAAAAAUAAUUAUAUUAAUUAUAGUGAUGGUUCUAUUUUUAAUCAUCUACACCUUUUUAAUAAUAAAAAAAAUGUAAUUGCUCAUGCAGAUGUAGUAAAAAAUUAUAAAAAUAUCUUUAUUAAUUGUAUUAAGAAAGAAAAAAAUAUAAAUAAAAAAAUAGACAUGAUAAAAAUUAUAUUUAAAUAUAAAUAUGAGUUUUUUAAUUUUUAUCCUUAUAUUAUAAAUAUUAUAUUUAAUGUUCUAAAGAGUAAAAAAUAUUUUAUAUGUGAUGAUAAAAUAAAUAAGUAUAGUUCAAAUAAAAGAAUAAAUUUUUUUAUAAAAUGUUUGAAUAGUAUUAUUGACUUUAUAAAAUUCAAUAUGCUGGUUAAUUCUGUAAAUUAUUUAUUCUCAAUAAAAGAUGAUAAUAUAAUUUUAAAAAAAAAUAUAGCAUGUUGUGAUAAUAAUGAAGAGGAAUUAAUCCUAAUGGGUUCAUCAACAACAGAGGAAAUUAAAUACAAUCAUAUAUAUAAUAAAUUAUGUGACAAAAAAAAAGAAAUAAAGGAUGAUACUGGUUAUUAUGAUAUAUAUAAUGGUGUAUGUAAUGAUGAUAAUAAUAUGAAUGAAGAAAAGAAGACUAUUCAUAAUAAUAAAGAUAUUUUUGAUAUAAAAAAUGAAGGAAACCAAAAUGAAAGAAAUAUUAAAAAUUUUGAAUCAGGUAGUAAGAAUAAUACAACAAAUUCUUAUGACAAAAAUUAUAAUGUGAUGAUAGAUUUAAAAAAGAAAAUAUUAAACUAUUAUAUGAUAAACAUAAAAAAAAAAUAUAAUAAUAAUAAUAAUAAUAAAAAAAGUGGUGACUAUUUUUUAAUAUCUAUUUUUAAUAUAUUAAAAAAAUAUGAUAAUAUAUAUGUAGAUUAUGAUUUGAUAAGUAUAUUAUUUAAUUUUAUUAUAUGUAGUCUAAUAAAACAUUCGAUUGAAUUUUCAACAUAUGGUGGAACAAAUAAAUGUAUUUCUAUUCUUAUAAACUUAUUAAAAGCAAAUGUAAAUAUAAACGUUAAAUAUAUGAAUAUAUAUGGUGUGUUAGCAUGUAUAUUAUUUCCUUCUGAGUUUAUAAAAAAUAAUAAUUUAAAAAAAAAAAAGCAUGAAAAAAAAAAGAAUAAAUAUUGUAUCAAACAAAAUAUAGAUAUUUUAAAAAAUAAAGGUGAUUCAAGUGAACAUCUAAAUAAAGAAAAAGAAAAAAAUAAAAUGGAUACUAAUAAAAAUAUUAAUAUUAUUAAUAAGAAAGAUAAUAUAUAUAAUUUUUAUAAUACUACAUGUUUGAAAAAAUCAUACAUGAGGAAUAAAAAUUUAUAUAGAAAGAGUAACAUAUAUGAUAGCAAUAUAUUUAUGUUGAAUGAUUAUAGUAAUAGAUCAUGUUUUGAAUAUAUAAAUAUUUAUAAUUUAAAUGUUAUUAAAUGUAUAAAUAAAAUAUUAUACAUAUUAAUUUUAUAUGAGAGUAAAGAAAAUAUUUGUAAAAAUUUACAUAUGAUAACUUGUAUAUUCUUUUUAUUAAUAAAUAUUAAAAGUAAUAAUAAAAAAAAAGAAAAUGGUUUUGUCUUUAGUUUAUUAAGUCAUAUGAUAUUAAGGCAUCAUUUUUUUGUGUCUAAUGUAGAUAAUUUAUUGAGUAAUAUAAUAAAAAGAAAAAAUAAUAUAAAUAAAAAUAUAAAUGAAAAUAUAAAUGAUAAUAAUAUAUGCAGUUAUAUAUAUGAUGAGGAUAAAGAAAAUGUAGAUGUGAAUAACAAAAUAAUAGAUUUACAUAACAUGUUAAUUAUUUUAUGUAUUAAAGGAAUGAAAGACUAUAAAAAAGAAGGAAAAAAACAAAAAAAAAAUAUAAUAUAUUGUAAUGAGAAUAUAAUGUUUACUAUAAAAUUAGAAACAAGUGUAUCUAUAUUAGAGUUGUUACUUUAUUUGUUUAAUAAAAAUGAAUGUGUUUAUAGAGAUGUAGUUGUAUAUGUUUUAUUAAAAUUUAUUAAGAGAUUAGAGAAGCUAGCAAAAUAUUAUUUAUCAUACAGGUCAAAAAGAAAAAGACAUAACAACAUUGAUAAUAAUAUGAAUUAUUAUAUUUAUGUUCUUAAGAAAUUAUUACUUUUAAUCAAUACAAAUAUAUAUCUUGUUAGUAGAGAAUAUAUAUUAAAAUUUUUCAAUAUACUACAAAAUAUUAUAAAAACAGAAGGAAUAAAGAAAAGACAUUAUAAUUUUUAUUUAUUCAUAUUAAAUAUAUUUGAAUGUCAUAUAGUGAAAGAUAAUUAUAUAAAUAUAGUAAAUUGUCAUUAUAAAAGCAUUUUAUGUAAUGAAGAAAAGUUAUAUAAUUCUUUAUUAUAUAUAUAUAAAGAAUUCAAAAGUAAGAAUGCAAUAAAGAGUUGUAAAAAAGUAAUUCAAUUAUUUGAUAGAAUUAAAAUGAGUGGAUAUGUAUAUGAAAAUUAUAUUAAAUAUAUAAAUAGAAAUUAUAAUAACAAACAAUAUUAUUUACUAGAUAGUUAUAAUAAUUAUAAAAAAUCUUCAAAUUAUAUUUUUUGUAUGGAUAGAUUAAUAUAUAAAAAGAAAAGAAGAACAUUGCGCAAAAUAUUGAGAGAAAUGAAAAAGAAAUAUUAUUUAAAUGCAUUUAUAAAGAAAGAUAUAAUAAUUAAAAAAUCUGGUUAUUAUAAAAUAUUUAAUAUAAAUAUGUUAGAUAAAGAGAAUAAAAAUUUUAAGAACAACGUUGAUAUAUAUAAUAGUAGAGCUAAGAAAGAUACUAUUACAAGUCUAGAUACAGAUGAUAGUUUGAGAAAAUGUAUGCAUGAAAAAAAAAAAAAAAAAAAUUGUCAACAUAUAAAUAAAAAGGAUUAUAAAGACGUGGAAUCAAAAUUGUAUGACAAUAAUAAUGAUAAUGUGAAAAAUAUAAAAUAUGUGAAAGAUUUACAAAAUAUUUACAACUAUCAUCAUGUAAAUCAUCAUGUAAACCAUCAUGUAAACCAUCAUGAUAAUUCCAAACAAAAUAAUCAUACCUUGAAACAUAAUUCAUCUUGUUUUCAUAUAAGAAAUGAAAAUUUUAAUAAAAAUUAUUUCAAUAAAAUAUUAAAAAAAGAAAGUAAAAUAAAAGGAAUUAAAAAGUGUAUGAAUACAUUUGAAUACCUUUAUGAAAAAAAUAUUAUGGAAUCUUGUUUAUAUGAAGAAUUAUUUCUUGUUAGUAAUGAAGAAAAGAUAAAAUUAAAAAGGUAUUCAUAUCCAUAUAUAUGUCAAAAUAAUACAUGUGAUAUUAAAAAUAUAGUUCUAACAUGUGAAGAGAAAGCCGAAAUAUUAAAAGGAUUAAUUGUAUUUGAUUAUAUGAAUGAUUAUUGUUGUUAUAUAAAAUAUUAUGAUAUUUUAUUAAGUUUUCUUAAAGAAGAAAGAAAAAAAAUAAUAAUAAAAAAAAAUAAUAUAGAAAAUGUAAUGAAUAAAACAAUACAUAUUUUAUUACCAAAUAUUUUAAGAGGAAUAUUUUCAUUGUUUCCAUCUAUUCAAUAUACAUGCACACAAAUAUUUAAAAAAUAUUUUGUAUGUAAUAAUUUAUUGGGAUGUAUACAUUUCUUAUUUAAUAAUGAAUAUUAUAAAUAUAUUAUAGAUAAAUAUUUUAUAUCUUUAUGGAUCAACGUUUUAUUUUCAUUUUUUAAAAAAAAUAUUGAUGUGUAUGUAUCACUACAAAAUAAAAUGCAGGGAUUAAUCCCACAUGUAUGUCACAAUAAAAAUGGAAAAAAUAAAAAAUUAAAUACAAAUAAAUAUACAAAUGAAUCAUCAAAAAUAUAUGAACUUAACCUUUAUAUGAACAAUCAUUGGGCAUAUUCCAAAUAUGUGAAGAGAAAAAAAUUGAUUCCUUCUAAUUAUGAGAUAAAAAAAUACAAUUUAAAAUUUUUUUUGUGGAAAAUGAAAUUAAAAAAAUAUUGUAUGGAACAGAAAAUAUUUAUCAAUAAAUGUAAAGAAAAAUUUGGAAAAUCCAAAUAUAUGUUUAAAUCAUUAUUAAACAUAAUAUAUUCAUAUAAAAAAUAUUGUAGAUAUGUAUGGAUAGAAUUAUUUCCUGAGCUUGUUUACUCUUUGAAUAACGAGGAAAUGAAAAUAUUGAAUAUGUCUUUAAUAGGAUUUAUAAAUAAUUAUAUACAAAUAUAUGAUACAUAUAAGUUGAAAAAGUGUAAUAUGGUUAGAAAAUACGAUUUUUUGAAAGACACACCUUUUAAGACAAAUUCGUUUGAUACAUAUGAUAGAUAUGAUACAUAUGAAACAUGUGAUACAUAUGAUAUAUAUGAUAGAUAUAAUUCUUAUAAUUCUUAUAAUUCAUUUCAAAAUGAUAACAAUAUAAAUAUAUUAGAAACAGUGCUAACUAGUAUUCUAAAAAUUAAUAAGUUUAUUUUUAUACCUUAUGAAAUUAUUUUUUAUUGUUCCAAAAAUUUGGGGACAUAUCAAAUUUCUAGAUAUAUAUUGCAAGCAUGGUUAUACAAUAUUUUAAGAAAAGAAAAAAUUAUUAAUAAGAAUAAAAAAAUGAUACAACAAAGUAAUAAUGAUAACAAUAAAAAGAAGAGGAACAGUAUAUGGAUACAAAAUGAGGGAGACAUAAAUAUAAACCAUGAUAAUAAUUUUAAACAACUUGUUAAUUUUCUUAUAGAUAUUAAUAAUGAUUUGAAUUCAUAUGAUAAUAUAUAUGCAUUAAGAAAAUAUUAUAUUAAAAAUAUACAACUAGACAAAUUAAUAUUGAAUAAUCAUCUUAAUAUUCAUUCUAAAAAUGAAUGUUUAUAUCUUAGUCAUUUUAUUAAUUCACAAAAUAUGAAAUUAACUAGAGAAGAAAUUAAUAUAUGUAAAGAAAGUUGGAUUGAUAAUUUAAAAUAUUUUAAUAAAACAUCUUGUAUACAAAAUUAUAUGAAUAUUAAUAAUAUAAAUGAAAAUAUCAAUAACUGUUAUAUGAUUCAAAAUUAUUUUAAUAAUAAAUCAUAUACACAAAAUAAAAGUGAUGAUAUUUUUAAUUGUAGUUAUAAAUAUGCAAGAAAUAAUUACUUGAAUAAUUUAAAUGAUAUAUAUAAUUUAAUAAAUGAUAAUAUAUAUUAUUUGGAUAGUCAUAAUAUAAAAAAAAAACAAAACCAAAAUAUAAACAAUAAUAAUAAAAAUAAUGAUAAUAUUUGUAGUAAUAAUAAUAAUAUUUGUAGUAAUAUUUCUAGUCAUGGUAAUCAUUAUAAUAACUGUGGAAAUACAAAAAAUCAGAAAAUAAAAAAAUCAAUUCAUGAUUAUUUUAAAAGUACAAACAAUUCAAAUAUAAUAGAUAAUUCCUAUAAAAUGAAUGAAAAAAGAAACCUCUUUGAUAAUAAUAAUAAUUAUUAUAAUAAUAAUACCCACUUGAAUCACACAAAUAAAAUACAUGAUCUAUCUUCUUUAAAUAAAAUUAACGACAAAUCUGAAAAAACUUUUGUGGAAAAACCUAAUUCAGAACAUGCAAUCAUAAAUAAUAUAAUAAACAAGCUGUAUCAAAAAGAUUCUAAUUUAUUAGAUUAUAUGUAUGAUAAAGAUAAUAAUACGAUGACACAAACAAAUUUUAAAGACAAAAUAUUUUUUGAGAAGAAUCAAAAAUAUUCUGUACAUAUGUGUGAUACAAAUAAGAACACAUUUUUAAAUAAUAAUUUUAAGUUUGAUAUUAGAAAAAAACAAAUUAACAGCAUGCUCGAAAUUAUAAAUAAUGGUAUGCAUAACCUAGUUUAUAAUGUAAAUGAUUUAUUAAGUUCUAAUAAAUAUGAUUCAUUGGAUCUAUUAUUUUUACAUUCACAAAUAUUUGAACAAGCUCAUAGAAGUAUAGAGAUAAUAAGGGAUGAUGUUGUUAUUGAAGAAAAAAAUGUGAGAAAAAAAGAGAAGGAAACAAAAUUAUUAAACUUAUUAGAUAAUUUGUGUAAUAUAUGUAAAAAGCAGGAAGGUCUUUUUUUUUAUGACAAUGAUAUACAUAAUUUAAAAUACGUAGAAAUGUGGAAAAAUACAUUUUUAAAAAUAUAUCAAAUGAUAUCAAAUAAUGAAAUAGAAAGGAAUAAAAUCAAUCAAAAUUUUAAUUAUAAUGAUAAUUGUGAUAAUCCAUAUUUUUAUCAUCCACGCCUUAUUAACAAUUCCUAUGUUAAUACAUGUGAUCAUUUUACUCAUUAUGAAUAUUUAGAAAAUGAUAAAACAUAUAUCCUAAUAAAUUUAAUAAAAAACAUGCGAGAAAAAAACCAACUGUCAUACAAUUAUUUUGAUAAAAUAUAUGAAAGCUUUGUAAAUUAUAAUAAUAAAAAAUUGUGUACGAAAAAUAAUUAUAUAUAUAACCUUGAGAUAAUAAAAAUGAAUUUAAGAAAAUUAAUAAAUGGUAACAACUGUGCAGAUAUAAUAUUAAACAAUGGUCAAAUUAAUAAUGUGAAUUAUAAUAUUGCUGAGAAAUUAUUAGAUAGAUAUAGUACUAUGUGUGAUGAAGUCGAAUUAUUAAAUGAUAAAAAAAAUAACAACAAAAAAGAGAAGAAAGUAAAAAUAUCACAGGAAGAUAACUAUUUCUAUAUUACAAAUAUGGAACGUGAAUAUUUUAAUAUAUGUAUUAAUUUAAAAAAAUUUAAAAAAAAUAAAUUCCUUCUCAAAGUUAUAAAAAAAAUUAAGUGUUAUAUAAAUUCAUUAAAUAUAAUCAACAAUUUUAAUUUUGAUACUUUACCUAUGGUUGGUUAUGAGAAAUUUAGAAGUGAAUUUUUUUAUAUAAAAGGAAAAAUAUUAUCUAAUCUUAAACAAAUCAUUAUAUUUUUAUAUAAAAAUAAUUUUAUAGAAAUGAAUCAUAAAAAUACUCAUAAUGCAUGUACAGGUCAAUGUAUUCAUAAGGAUCUUAUAUAUCAUCAAAAGGAUUAUUUAAAUAUAAAAAGGGAUGUAUUUACAAAAGAAAAUAUUAAUUCAAAUAUGAAUAUAAUUAAUAACAUUUCUUAUAAUGUAGAAAAAUAUGAACCCUCGAAAAAUCAUAUGAUAGACAAUAUUAAGACUGAGGUAGGUAAUAAUAAUAUUAGACCCGCGAAAAAAAAAGAGAAGCUUCACAAUAUUGAUAUAAUGGUAGACGAACAGAAUAAUGAUACUAAUGUUAAAAAAAAAAGAAGGUAUAAUAAGAAAAUUUCUAUUAACAAAGAAAUGAACAAUGUGCAGGAUAAUAUUGUAUUACCAAAUAUAAAUAAUAGUACAGAUAAAGAAAAUAAUAUGAAACAGAAUAAUAAUAAUAAUAAUAAUAAUUUAAAUAACAAUAAUAUUGAAACACCUAAUGUUGAGAAUAAUAAAUGUUGUUACAUGAUUGGUGGUGAUAAUUGUAAAAAUACUGAAAAAAAGAAUGUUAAGAAAGAAAGAAAAAAAAAAAUAGAAAUGAAAUUAAAUUCUGAUUAUUCAUGUAAUUGUAAUAUGAAACAAAUGAAACAUUUUGAUAGUGAUUUGAUUGAAGAAUGUUUCCUUUCAUCAUUAAAAAUUUAUCCUUUAGAAAAUAAUUCAUGGGUUAUAUGGGGAGAUUAUUGUAAUAAAUUAUUCAAAGAAAGUCAAAAUACUUCAUUUUGCUUAAGUUCGAUAAUUUGUUAUUUAAUUUAUUCAAGUUUAAAUAUUAAUAAAGGUUAUUAUUAUAUGAGUAACGUAUUGCAUAUGUUAAAUUAUGAUACAAAAGAUAAUAGUAUAUUUCAAGUUUUUAAUAAAUAUAAUGAAAGUAUAUGUCCAAAUAUAUGGCUCUUUUAUUAUCCCUUUUUAAUAAACAAUAUUAACGUAAAUAAAAAGAACUAUUUAUAUUUCCAUAAAAUUUUUUAUAUAUUAAUGCGAAAUUUUCCGCAAGAUAUUUUUUAUGAUUUUAGAACAAUUUAUAUUUAUAGGAAAAAGAAAUUAUAUCAAUUAAAUGAAAUAAAAAAUAAAAGAGAUAAUAAUGGGGAUAAGUCUCUUUAUGACACUUGUCAUGAUAUUCUCAAAAGUAAAAAUGGAAUUAAAUUUAAAAACGAAGAAGAUAAUAAUAAUAUAAAUAAUAGCAUAUUACAGUUGAACGAAAAAAAUUCUGAACAUGUUCAGAAUAUUUCUAGCAUGUACAAUUUAGAAAUUGGCUGUAAAGAAAAAAUGGCUAGCUCCGUAAAAAUUAAUUUGAACAAAGAAAAAGAUAAAGACAAUGUUUUGUUAGCCCUUGAUAAUAUAAAUAAUAAUAAUAAUAAUGAUAGUAAUAGUAAUAGUAAUAUUAAUAGUAAUAGUAAUAAGAAUAAUAUUUGUGAUUAUAAAAAUGAUGAAGAUAAUAAUGGUUGUGCUUCUUAUCAAACUAGCAAUGAUAUAAAAAAUAAUAAAUAUACUUAUCAAUUUUCCGAUAUAUAUAUAGAUGGUUUUGAUCAAUUAAUAAGUGUAUUUAAAAAUAAAUAUUCUGAUGUUUUCUUUUCAUUAGAUUACAUGUGUAAUAAAAUAUUAAAUUAUAAUAAAUUCGAAGCUUUUGAAGAAACGUACCAUUUUAUAAAUAAACUAUUUCAUAAUUGUAUGGACAUUGGCAUUUCCGAAAUACAUAUAAACGAAAUUAUGCACAAUGUAAUGAACAAUGUAAUGAACAAUGUUUUGUAUAAACGAUAUAAGAAAAAAUUGAAAAAGAAUAAAAAUAUGCAUAAUAGGAAAUAUAAAAAUGUUGUUAAAAAUAUGAAUAUGUUUUGGAAAGAAUUUAAAAAGGAUAUAAAAUUUUUAAAAAAAAAUGGAUGUAUUGAAAAAUUGAACACAACAAAGAUGAAAAAUAAAAAAAAUUAUAUACAAAAUAAAGAUAUUGAUAAUAUUAGUGUUAUAAAUGAAUAUUCAAAAAAUAUAUUAUCAAUGGAUGAUAAUUCACGUUUUAUGUUAUCAUAUUUUAUAUCCUUUUUAAAAAAGUGGAAAUAUAUGUUAUCUAUAUAUUUAUCAGAAUUAAUUGAAACACAAUAUUUAGAAGAUUGUUCUUAUACCUUAUGUGAUGCAUUGCAUAAAUUUGAUAUUCCUAUUGAAUUGCCAAAACAGAGAUUGAAAUAUAUUGGAGAAUAUUUAAAUUAUCAUUAUAAUUUAAAUACAUUUUCUCCUUCCAAAAUUAUUAAGGUAAAUUCUUCAGUGACAUAUAAUAUGUCAAAUAAUUAUAUUUUAAAAAAAGUUAGUUUUUUAACAAGCGAUGGAAAUAUUUAUUAUUAUACACAACAACCACGCAAUUAUGUAAGGAAUAAAUCUGAGCAUAAAUUUAUGUUAUUCCAAGUUUUAUUAAAUAAUAUAUUCUUUAAUUAUUCACAAACGAAGAAGAGGGGCUUAUCUUUUAAAAUAAAUUUUAAUACACAAAUACAUCCAUCUAUUAUAUUAAAGGAACAACCCAAGGAUGAUAUUACCCUACAUCAAAUUUAUAGUGAAUAUAUUUCUGUUAUGAAAAAUGAAAAAUAUUCUAUGGAUAAUAUAAUGUUGCAUCAUCGAAAUAUGGUUCAAAGUUCUCUUCACAAGUUAUUAUUAAAAGAAAUAGAAAAUAAAUUAAAAUGUGAAGAAAAGAAUAUGCAUAUGUCUAUUAAUGAUGGUAUGCAACUCAAAAAUGAUAUUACAUGUUUUACAAGAAGGGAAGAUCAAGACAUACAUACACACAACAACAACAAUAUCAAUAAUAAUGACAAUAAUAAUGACAAUAAUAAUGACAAUAAUAAUGACAAUAAUAAUAAUAAUAGUAAGGGCGAAUAUAAUACGUUGUUGAAAAUGCUCCCGUGUCAAAACGAUUUAGUAGGUGAGACAAAAACCUCCAACAGAGAAAAUCUUAAUAUGAAUGUUAAUAGUCCAUCAAAUAAUAAAAUACAUAUAUCAAAUUUUGAAUAUUAUUGUUCUUUAACAUAUGAAGAAUUAAUAAAAUAUUUUUGCAAUGAAGAAUGGUUUUAUAAAAUUUUGAGAAAAUGUGAAAAAAAAAGCUUAAGAAAAAGUUUUAACACAAUAUGCAAAAUGAUACCAAAUGAUAUUUUGAAAAAUUACUUUUUUUCUAUACAUAAUAAUAUAGAAAAUUAUAGCAUUUUCCAUGAUCAAUUUGUGAAAAAUUAUUCUAUAUUGUGCAUGUUGAAUUAUGUAUUUUUUCAACUUAAUACUAAUUUAGAGAAUAUAGUUAUAUCCAAAUGUUCAGGCAGAUCAGCGUAUUUUGAAGGAAGAGCAUUAUAUAAAGAUUUUAGCAUGAAAAAAGAUAUAAAUAGGAAAAAAUUAGCAUUCAGAUUAACAAGAAAUAUAAAAGAAUUUAUUGGAUAUCAAGGAUUACAUGGAAGUUUUCCUUUAUGUUUUUAUUCAUCCAUUAUGGCUAUUAAAAAGAAAAAAAUGGAAAUAAAAAACUUUCUGAAUCUAGCUAUUUCGGAUGAUUUUUUUGCCUUACAUGUUCAGAAAAAAAAUAGAAAUUUCAUGGAAAAAAAUAAAGGUAGAAUUAAAUAUAAAUAUAUACACCAAAAUAGAGAUAAAAAAGAAAAUGAUAAUGAAAUGAAUAAAGAAAUAUUAAUAAAUGAAUAUAUAAAGUGUUUACAUAUUGAUGAUAUAGAAAAACGAAAUAUAUUAAAAAAUGCUGAAAAUUAUGUUAGUACAAUAUUUGGUCGUGUGCAAUUUUUAUAUAAAAAUAAAUUAGAAAAAAGGAAAGCUGAUAAUAAAUUAAAAUCAAAUGAAAAGUCCAACAUAAAUGUGUACGAAUAUUUUUCGGAUUUACAAGACAUUACAUCGUUAUCAGAAAUGUCAUCUGACAAUAAUAAUGAAUAUUUAAAUUAUGAUGAAGUUGAUAAGAAGAGGGUUCAAAACGGUGGAACACGUGAAUAUAAAAGGAAGAAAAAAGAUAAUAUUGUGCAACAACAAACAGUAAAAGAGGAAAAAGAAGUAAAUGAAAAUAUGGACAAUUUGCAAGAUAUACAUAUAAGAGAUAUGAGUGAAGAAAAUAAUAAAAUAAAAGAAUGUACCAAUAAUAUUACCAAUGAGGUUGUAGUAAUAAAUUCGUUUAAUAAUAAUAAUAAUAAUAAUGAUAGAAUUAACCAAAUGAUUGAUAUGCCAAAAAAUAUAGAAGGAAUAAAAGAAAUAAAGCAUGGAGAAAAUAAUUCUUGUAAUAAUAAAGGAAAAAGGAAGUAUAAGAAAAAUAUAACUAUUGCAUAUAAUGAUGUGGAACUUAAGAAUGUUCAUCAGUUAUUAGAACAGAAGGCAUUAGAAAAUAUAAGAAAUCAAAAAAAGAAUGGAAAAUGCACUAUUGAACAUGCAAAAAAUGAAGAAGCAAUAGAAAAUGACGAAAACAGUUAUAAUAAAUAUAAGUAUGUAAAAAAUUAUGAAAAUAAUAAAUAUAACGAUGAAGAAAAAAAUAUGAAAUAUAAGAAGAUAACAAAUAUAUCAGUAGAUGAUAUAAAUAAAUCUGUAGUUGAUCUUAUGGAAAUGUCUAUGAAUAAGAAGAAUUUAAAAAAUGCAAAAAGAACAUGGUUUCCAUGGUUUUAA